AUGUCGACCGCGAAUCCUCUUGCCGGUCCUUCACCCCUCAGAGAUAUUAUUAAUCCGCAAUUCCAUCAAAACAUAUUCUCUGCUGAGAACUUCAUUAAAUCUGAACUUAAUAUCAAGCUCGAUAAAGAUGAACAGAUAUGCCGUCUACAUUUGACGCCAGCUGGAUGUCCACUAGGACCUCUUCAUUGUCCUUUACGCCAUACUUCUCCCUCAGCACAGAACUUCCAGCCACCCAAGCAGCUUCCAACACAUCCUCGUGAACGAGAACGGCUCGCAACUGUCUGCAAACAUUGGCUUCGGGGACUUUGUAAGAAGGGAGAUGCUUGCGAAUUUCUGCACGAGUAUAACCUUAGGCGUAUGCCAGAAUGCUGGUGGUAUGCAAAGUACGGAUACUGUUCAGCUGGAGAUGAAUGCUUAUAUGCUCAUCCGAAAGAGCGCAAGGUGGAAUGUCCAGACUAUAAUCGAGGUUUCUGCAAACUCGGUCCUACAUGUCCCCGGAAACAUGUUCGUCGCGUCGCAUGCCAGUUGUAUCUUAGCGGAUUCUGCCCAUUAGGGCCGGAAUGUCCCAAAGGCCAUCCCAAGCCUGGCCCUCCAAAGCCUGAAGCCUAUCAAGCACCUCCACUCUCUAUGCGUGACUUAGGACCUCCCCCGCCCGGCUAUGGUCGAUAUGCGGACUUUGAUCGUAGUUUUACAAAUGCUCCUGCUACACAACAUGCUGCCGCUGGAGCCAACAGCAAUGCGUCUCGAAGGAACUUAGACGAAGUAUUAUGCUUCAAGUGUGGAGAGAAAGGUCAUUACGCAAAUCAUUGUCGCAACCGAAACUUACCAGGUAAUCGAGGCGGGAUGGAAAGACGAAAGUUUGGGGUGGACGAAUAA